AUGGUCAAGAUCUCAAUCAUCGGCACGCUCAUAGCAGCAGCAAUGUCGGUAACAGCAUAUACACCACCGUGGACAACCCUCCCACCAACCCCCGAACUCCCACAUGCCUACCACGAGGCCCACGCGCCAAUCAACAACAUCUCCCUCUGGUACGGCCUCUACGGCCCCCGCAUUGGCAAAGCCGGCAGCCCCGUCGUCGUCCUUCACGGCGGAAAGAUCUCCUCGCGCUGGUGGGGCCAUCUGAUCAAAUCGCUCGAAUGCGACUUUAGCGUCAUCGCCAUCGAUACCCGCGCGCACGGCCGGUCAACAGAUGAUCUCUCCGUCAAACUAUCGUACGAACAAUUCGCCGCCGACGCAGUUGCCCUCCUCGACCACCUGAAGAUCCCGAAAGCAAGCUUCGUCGGGUGGAGCGACGGCGCCGUAACAUCGCUCACCAUCGCGAUGAACUACCCUGCGCGGGCAGACCGGAUCAUCGCCUUUGGCGCAAACUACCGCCCAGACCAAGCGAACGCAACCGGUCUGGCUGGUGUAACAUUCGGCGAGGAUCUGUAUAAUCGGCAGAAAACGCAGUAUCUGCAACGGAACCCCGAUCCGCAUCCGGAUUUUGAGCGCUUCUAUGAGCGUGUGGUGGCGAUGCAGGAGGUUGAGCCGUUCUGGGACGCGAAGGAUUUCGCCAAGAUUCCGGUUUUCGGGGAGGAUAAAGAUGCCCCGUUUGUGCUUGUUGCCACGGGGGAUUACGAGGAGGCGAUUAUAAGGACUGUGCCGGGGGAGAUUCAUGGGAUGAUUCCGAACUCGCAGCUUACUAUUCUUCCUGGCGUCAGUCAUUUUGCACCAUUGCAGGAUCCAGAAACUUUUGCGGUGUCCGUCAAAGCGUUUCUGAGCAAAGCCAAAUAG